AUGAGUCGACAUCGCAACAUGGAAGACGACGACGACGUCGAUGAGUUCUUAUAUGGCGCUCCAGAAAAUACAAAGGGUGUUGAACAACAAAACGACAGCACAAUGAAGGAGUCGAAUGCAACAGAAGACGAUGAUCUUUAUCAACUAUAUCGAGGAAGCACAGCCAACGAAACACAAGAAGUGGGCACAAGCAGGCAAGAUAUGGAGAUGGAUGAAAGUCAACCAGGAAGCAACGAACAAGCACGGCCAAUGGAAGAAGAAGAAGAGCAGGAGGAAGAGGAUAGUGAUGAUGAUUUGGAAAUCAUUCUGGAACCUGAAGAGGAUAGCACAGCACAACCAAGCAAAGAGACGGGUGCACCAAAUGAAGAAAAGGGCUCGCUUGUCAACAUUAAGCCUGGCCAGCAAAACAAAAUACCCGGCAAUGCCAAUGGCUCUGGCACUCCCAACACAUCUUCAGCUUCGGGUGGUAAUGCAGCAUCAGCAUCAGCACAAGCAGCUGCUAAAGGCUCAGUCGGCACAAGUGCUAUCAAUUUGGAAGCUGUUGGUGAAUACAAUGGUGUCCCGAUUACUGAAGUGGAUUUGGAUGGAUUGGAUGAUAAGCCAUGGCGGAAACCUGGCGCUGAUAUUACCGAUUAUUUCAAUUAUGGUUUCAAUGAGGUCACAUGGCGAGCUUAUUGCGCACAACAAAAGAUGAUUCGAGAGAGUCGAAAGAUGAUGGGUGAUAUGGAUAUGAGCGAGUUUAUGCCAAUGGGAAUGAUGAUGCCACCUGGGAUGAUGGAUAGCAACAAUGGUGGAAUGCCAAUGGGUAUGCCGAAUAUGAUGGGGAUGCCAGGGAUGCCAGGGAUGCCAGGUGCACCCAAUCCAGCCAUGGCCGCAGCAGCAGCAGCAGCUAUGAGUUCACCGGCAGCAGCAGGAUCAAGUCCAGCAGUGAUGGGUGGCAAUCGAAACAUGAUGCGACCAGCAGGUCGACAAGGAGGACGCUCUUCAGGUAGACCUGAUGGUGGAAAUGAACGUGAUGGUGGAAAUGAAGGUGGCAUGGGCGGAUCUUUCUUUUGGCCACCACAGAUGCAACCCCCUUUCUUCUCAUAA